UGAAACCACAACAGGCUUCAUUCAGUGAGCCUGGCCCAGGCAAUUGAGGGAAACCUUGUGAAUCCAUGAUUCUCCCGACCCCUCCCCAAACCAGCAGCUUUUCCUUGCUUGGGGCGGCAGAGGGGAUAGCUGCCCCUUUCUUGUACAAAGCUAAAACGCUGCUUGGCUAGCAGGGCUUUUCUUGCAAGGACUUUUUUUUAAAGCUCCUUUCACCUGUCAGUCACAGAGUUGACCCACAGCUUCAUGAUACACAAAUGGGUGAUCUGAUUUCCUCAAGAGCUCAUGGGCAAGCUUAAAAGCCACUUUUCAAAAAGGCAUGUAUCUAGGAACCAUUAAGUGUACCUUAAUCUGGAAACUGUCUCCCUUCUUCUACUCUCUUGGCAUACUACCUUUCCUAAAGCAAACGUCGUAGCCAAAAUCCAGUACAGGGACUUGUUCUGUCUGCCAUACCUAGAGUCCAUUAAGAUUUCAGACCUCCAAUUUGAUGGUAAGAAGCCAGCAGCUUUCUCCUCACUGCCAGAACCUCUGGGUUAAGAGGCAUCUGUUUCAGCUACAGAUGGCAAAAAAACAAGGGAAUUCCAUUACCACUUCUUUUUGCAUCUUUCUCUGAUUGAGAGGAGGUGAUCCCUCUUGCACUUAUGACAAGCAUAUAACAUCCAGAUCAAUUUCUGCCAUACAUUCAGAUGCAGCAGCACAGAAACCAAUGCAAAGCCAUGUUGAAACUCUUUUUUCCCCACUGCAAAGUUUUGCACAAACUCCUAGCCGUUAAAGUCAGCAUUUACAGGGAUAAAAGUCACAGCUGCAGGGAGAAGCUGUUUCCUCACAGCUAGUGGGGAAUGUGGAAGGGAGGCAAACUGCAGGCUGCAGGGUGGCAUUUUAUUUAUUUAUUUAUUUGGCUGCAUGGGGUCUUAGUUACGGCACGCAGGCUCUUCGUUGCGGUGUGCGGGCUUCUCUCUAGCGCGUGCGCUCUCUAGUUGUGGCGCACGGGCUUAGUUGCUCUGUGGCAUGUGGGAUCUUAGUUCCCCGACCAGGGCUCGAACCCGUGUCCCCUGCAUUGGAAGGCAGAUUCUUAACCACUGGACCACCAGGGAAGUCCCAGGGUGGCAUUUUAGAGCAGCGCUCUCCUUUUGCCCCCUUGACCUAUGUGAGAAGGCUCCAGGACUUUUCUGCUCACUCACUGAGGUUUCGCUCUGUAUUCCUCAGUAUCUCCAUUCAUCCCGUGUCCCCUCCCCACGUGGCUACAUGGUGCUGGUAUCCAAUGGAGCUCUCAAUAUUCCAGUCCCCCAUCCACUCCCAUUUCCCCCUGUGUAAAGGGACUCAUGUAGUGCCUUCUGAAACAGGAAGAUCAGCUGGGGUAGAAAAGGAGCUAAGGAUCAGUGGGGAGCAGAGAAGUGUCUUCAGGAUAGCAAUCCAGAUUCUGUCCCUGCGGUACUGGGCAGCUUAGCUGUGUGGUCCUCCUAGACUUGCUCUGGCUGUGGAGCUAAUUACCUCCCUCCUCUCCCCUGUGGGAGAGAGCAGCCUAAGCUUCUGUUGUCCCACCUAGAGUCCACCUUUAAGAAUUUCAGGGUCCAGUCAGAGGAGAGAGCAAAAUCCCAAAGUGCCAUUAGGCUGCUGUGUUUCAAGCCUAUCUCCUAACACCCAGCUAACAAACUUCCUAAUCCUUUCAACAGACCUGCUUCUGGUUCCCAUGGAUCUUCUUCACAUCCUGCUAACCAGCCUCAGGGCUCUCAUCUGUCUCUCCCAGUAAACCAUGAGACACACAGAAUCCCGUCAUCCUUGCUACCAGAAUUGUUGGGCCUUUACUAUUCAUCUUUAUUAAUUUCAUUCUCAAUGCACAUAGAUAUUCUAGAUCAGACAGGUUAGUUAUUAUUUAUGCAAUAAUUUAAAAAUAAUAAUAUUACGUAAGUAAUUAUAACUGCAUCAGUACCCCUUGCCCCAGUGCUUACCUGGGCGAUGCGAUGAAAGCCAGAUGGGAAAAUCUCCAGCAGGGGUGUCAGGCACUCCAUAGGUGAGGGGUGGAGAAAAGUGAAUUUUCUUUGCUUAUGUGUAGGAGAAAGAGGCACCUGCUUCCUUCUCUCCCAGAAAGAGGGAGAAAAACCUUUGUUGCAUGGAGACAGGAUGGAAGGAUCCCGGGUUCUUCCUCUGACCUUCUGGAACAUAAAUACAUCUCUGCAGGAGCCAGAACAACCCUGGUGGCUCCAGUUUUUAUGACUUAGAGCUGACUCCAAGGUCUUGGGCCUCAUUUUCGCUUGAAAUGUAAACACACCAUCCUGAGUUAGGUAAAUCUCUCUAGAGUCAUCUCACUAUACAGUUGUAAGUUAACCUUGCUGAGGAUCCCAAGUUUUCAGCAUCCUUUAUCCAGAAAACCCCAACUCUUCAAAGUCAGAGAUUUAGCUUCUCUUGCUAACAGUUUGCUCCACUGGGCCACGUUGGGAGCAGGACGGAGGCACCACUCCCAAGACCCAGCGGUUUGUGCUGCCCCAGGUAAUUCCACGAGAACUGGCUUUGCUCUCCUGCCAUGUGAGCUUCAGCACCAUGCCUUGGGCUGCCAGGCUAAAGCAUGAGGCGGCAGCGAGAAAGGGAGGAGGCAGCUUGGGCAAGAGGGUCGGUGAGUGAACAGGCGUUGAGGAAACCUUCCGCCUGUGGGUAGUGGGAGUACUUUGUGUGCAGUGCUCGGGGGAGAGGAUAUUUCUUGAGUAAACAGAGAACGUCAGUGUUAGAUUCCUAAAAAGGAAGAUGAGGGGGCUGGGGAAGCAAUAAGCUAGGAAGCAAGUGUAUUUAAAAGGUAUAUUGAUAAAAGCCACUUCCUCUGGAGAGAGGAGGGAGGAAGAAUCUGUUCCUUCCCGAGGCUGGGGAGGGAGGAGCCGGCCUGAUGCCAGGAGCUACAAAUACCAUCCCCCAGGACCCCUCCCUCUCCCAGGGGCCCAGGGGGACCCAGGGGGACUCGGGCUCGAGGUGGCAUGUGCUACUGCUGGUAACGGGCUGAGCUCUGGCUGCCUCCUGUCCCCCUCCCACCCUCAGUCUCCUCCCCCUCUGAUCAGAAAGACCAAAGGGUCCAGAGGUCCUGAAAGUUGCCAGGAGCCUCCUGAUUGCGGUCUUUGCUGGAGUGAGGUCCUGGAUCCCUGGCCAAUGGUUUGCGGAGGGGUGGGGCUUCCAGGGCUGGGGGCCGGGCACACACACACAAAAAUAAAUAAAUAAAAAAAUUUAAAAAAAGAUGGUGGAGCCCCUUUUUUGGGCUGAAACCCAAGAGAGCGCUGAAGAAGGAGCAUGUGCAUUUGUUCUGCUUGGGGUUAGGGGGCCAUGUCUGUAUGGAAGGCAAAGCGGGGGUCAGGUAACCUCUGCAGAUGGACCCUAGCGGCUUCUGCCUGGACAGCCUCACCACACGAUGUGCACGAGGCCACACUUUUUCUCCCAGAACAUAAUCUGAGAAACCGUCUGGCUGCCUUGGGUCAAAGGUGCAGUAAUGGAUGGCUUAGUGAGAAGUAGGUGGUCAGCUCCUAGAAGCAGUGACCAGAUGACCCUCACAUGUAAAGAUCAUAGUGAUCAAGACCUAUGGCCUCUUUUAAGAUUUCUCAGGGUGGUGACCUUUACAUUUCAUUCCUAAGGCCGUGACCUUGUAGAAAUAUGCUAAAGUCCUGCUGAAGUAGUCACAUCUGCCCCGAUGUAAGAUGAAGCUUCCUGUGCUGAAGAAAAGGAAAUUCACAAUCUUAAAAUCAAAAAGUUUAUGUCUUUUAAAGUUUCUAACAACCUAGAAGUGCUUCUUAGUAAAAUACAUUUAUGUGAGUUGUAUCCCCGGAGUGGCUUUUAUCUUUUAAAAGUUAAUAUUUCAGGGGUCCAAAAGAUAGUCUGUAGUCAACUUGAAAGCAGGCGGAGCAUAGCAGACAGUCUGGGAGAAGUGAAAGAGAGUGUUGAUGCAGAAACUCAAUGAUGCUUUCCAGAUUUGGUGGGAGAGAGGGUGGCUGACCCAGGCAGAGCAGCCUGCUGGGGGGCCUGGCGAAGCACCUGUGGACACUGAUAAGCCUCCCUGGAUUCUGGGCAGAUCCUGUUCAUUUUUCUGAGUCACCCAACCCUGACCUCCUUCAGUAGGAGAGGAGCAGGUGAUGUCUUUCCAGUGCAAAUGAAUCCAAUAGCUCAAUCUCAGUUUAUACCUUUGGCUGAAGUUCUUUGCUGUGCUGUAUCUGAUAUGAAUGCCGCUCAGAUUGUAGUAACACAGGAAUCACUAUUGGAACAUUUGGUGAAACAUUACCCAGGCAUUGCAAUUCCAUCUCAAGAUAUUCUCUAUACCACUCUGGGAACUCUCAUUAAAGAAAGGAAGAUUUAUCACACUGGAGAAGGAUACUUCAUAGUUACUCCUCAGACUUACUUCAUUACAAAUACAAACCCCCAAGAAAAUAAGAGAGUCCUAUCAGAUGAAAGUCCCCGGAUGCCAACUUCCAUUACAUACCUGGUGAAUGUGGAAAGCUGUGCAGACCUAGCCAAAGAAAAUGCGGCCCCCAUAUCCCAUUGUCAUUCUUGCCAGUGUUUCCAUGAUGUGUGCACUCAGUAUAUACAGGAACCACCAGCUGCUGCAGAAGUGACUAGAAAAUGCCAGAAAGGUCUUGGGGAAUCCAAACCUUUGGUACAGAAUCGAACAGUUUCAGUGUCUGAGGAGAAUCACGUCUGUGACAGCGCCAAACCUUUACCAUUCACAAAAGACAGAGAAAAAGCCAAGAAAUUUGGCUUUAGCCUCUUCUGGCGCAGUAUAUCCAGAAAGGAAAAGUCCAGAACAGAGCACAGCAGUUUCUCUGCCCAGUUCCCACCAGAAGAAUGGCCCGUCCGAGAUGAAGAUAACUUGGACAAUAUCCCUCGAGACAUUGAACAUGAGAUAAUCAAACGAAUUAAUCCCAUUUUAACUGUUGACAACUUAAUCAAACAUACUGUCAUAAUGCAAAAAUACGAAGAACAGAAAAAAUAUAAUAGCCAGGGCACUUCCACUUAUAUGCUGACACUCAGGCAUAAGUAUCCUUCAAAAGUGGGAGUUAAGAAAAGUCAGGGCCGGUCUGUAAAGCCUCGAAGGCGGGGCCAUUCACAUAGAGAUAGAGACAAAGCCAGGAGUCAGGGAAGUGGGCCUCAGCCAGGAAGCAUUAGGCUGGAGAAACACCCCAAGCUCCCUGCUACACAGCCCACCCCCGGAAUUGAAAGCCCUAAUGAAGUAGAGCUUCAGAAACCACUUGGUGAGAAUCCAUCAGUGCUAGGUUCCCAUUUGAUUUACAAAAAGCGGAUCAGUAAUCCUUUCCAGGGUUUCUCUCACCGAAGGAGCCCAAUAACCAAAGAGCACAACAUCCAGAAGAUCGGUGAUCUGAAACCCAGUCAGAUUGGACCAAAGGGAAAGCCUUUCCAAAGGGCGAGGUCUUUGGAUUCCUCAAGAAUCUUUGAGAGUGAAGCCAAACAGUCAUACAGUGAACAAUGUAAUGAUAAACUGAGAGCAGAAUCCAUUUAUGUGAAUCACUCUACUGUCAAACCUAUCAGUGAUGACUUCAGAGAUUACCUCUUCAAUUACUCUCAAUGUGGUGUUUUGCAAAAUGAUAGUAAAUGCUGUUCCUUCAGGGAAAGCACGUUGAGAUGUGAUGUGUAUGGUGGAGAAAAUGAGGCAAUCCCUGAAGUCUCGAGGAAAAGCUACUCUCAUUUUGACACAUUAGAAGAGACAAAAGAAACGCAGCAUGUCCUGCUAUCACAAGGUUCCUCUUCUUUAGACCAAGCAUCCUCUGCUCGUAGAUCAGUUGAUGAAACAAUACACCAGUUCCAAAAUCUUGGUCUUUUGGAUUACCCAGUUGGUGCAAACCAUUUGAGACAACCUGAGAGACAAGACAGAGACUCAGAGGAAACUCUGAUGAGAAAGGCGUUUAUCCAGGAAGCAGAGACUGUGAGUCUAGAAAAUGAAGGACUUUCUGAUGACGACCAGGCCUUGUAUCAGAAUGAAGCAGAUGAUGAGGAUGGGGCCUGCAGUUCAUUGUAUCUAGAUGAGGAUGACUUUUCUGAGAAUGACGACUUAAUUCAAAUGCUGCCUGGCCACAUUCAAGUUUCCUUUCCAGGGGGAAACAAGUGGAAUCAUUUAGGAAAACGAAAGGUGACCAAAAGGUCUCUGACUGAGUACAAUAGCAACAUACAGAGGUUUGAGCCUCUGGUGCUCAAAGGAAAUGAACAUUACAAGCCCACUGGGUUGCUUACUAAUCCCGGUGAAAGCCAAAAACCUAAUCUCUCUGCUGAAAACUGUGUCCUCAAUUUAGGGAUCCAGUCUGGUUUUGACUAUGAAAAGGAACCCAGUGUAGCUAAAUGUGUACAGGCCUCAGCACCUGCUGAUGGAAGUAUAUUUGAUUACUACGGCACAAGGAAAAGUGCUUCAGAGGCUGAAACCCUACAAGACCCUGUUGGUGACACAGGAAAGAAACCAGCCACCUGGAGUCAGAGUGCUCAGAAUCAGGAAAUGAGAAAACAGUUCACACACAAGUUAGAACUGUUCAACACUUCGCAUAUGCCAGUGUUGGCUCAGGACGUCCAACCUGAACAUAGUCACUUGGAAGGAACCGAAAAUCAGAGCAUGGCAGGAGAUAGUGGAAUAGAUUCUCCACGGACACAGAGUCUGGCAUCUAAUAACUCAGUCAUUUUGGAUGGACUAAAAAGAAGACAGAAUUUUCUGCAGAAUUUUGGAGGCACAAAGAGCAGUCAAACACCCACAUCCAAUUCCUUACUACAACUAACUCCAGUCAUAAAUGUUUAAUUCUUUUUUUAAGAUUUUUUUUUUCAAUGUGGACCAUUUUUAAAGUGUUUUAUUGAAUUUGUUACAACAUUGCUUCUGUUGCAUGUUUUGGUUUUUUGGCCUUGAGGCAUGUGGGAUCUUAGCUCCCUGAACAGAGAUCUAACCCAUGCCCCCUGCAUUGUAAGGUGAAGUCUUAACCACUGGACCUCCAGGGAAGUCCCAUAAAUGUUUAAUUCUUACUUUUCUUUUGGAAACUUUUUUUUUUUGUAAAAAUGUACAGCAUUAAUAUAGAAUGUUUUAAUCAACUGAGUUUGUAAGAAUUCUCUAAGGCCAAGCAUAUAUGUUAUUAACCUCAUUACAUAUUUUGUUGUAGUUACUGGUUUUUUUCCUUUUUUGACAUUGGCUUUUUUAAAGCUUAUUUUACUAUAAAUUUAUUGGGAAUAUAUAGAUUGUUUACAAUAAAAAACAUGGAAUCAUUGGUCUUCUUCCAAUUAAAUGUAAUUUAACUUGAAUCAUCAGACGGACAUUCAUUAGUUUCUCAAAUACAUAGGAAGCUAAUUUACUACCUAGUAGUGAAUUUUUGUACCCACAUCAAUACCAAGUUCUUACAGUAAGUGGAUCUCACCAGAUUUCAACACAGAACCCCAGAAAACAGUGUGUUAGGGUUGCAUAGAUACGUUGUUUGCAACUUAAGUCUUUUAUAAUCAGAAAGAAUUUAUAUAGAUGUGUUGGGUGCAACAAGAAGUCCUUCUAUCCAGUCAUUGCUGCCAAGGAUAUCCUUUGUGAACAGCUGGAACAUGAACAAAUGUCUCCACACUAUGAUUGACUGACAAUGUCCAAAAUACCCAUGGCAGUAGACAUAUGGCUCAACUGUUUGGUUCCUCCCCACGUUUGAGGCUCUCUCUAUAAAAUGGCUUUGAGAAGUCAGGAUGUUCUCAGAUGGUGGAGUUAGAAGGGAAGCAGAAUGGUUGCAGGACGGCUGUGAGUGAAAGGGAGGUUCUGAAUCAGAGAUUUAGAGGGAAGAUGCAAGAUGGCUGAUAGACAAUUUUUCUACAUUUGAUCCACUUCUGUUGGCGAUAAGACCUCCGUAGCCUUGCCAGAAUUUUUUCUGGCAGGACUUUUCAGACCAAGUAGUGGAAUGGUCAGUUCUCUUGGGUUUGGGGAACAUGGAACAGUCACGAGUGGUUUCAGCAUGUCGGGUAGAUGCUAAUGCUGAUUUCUGGUUGAGGGGAUGUUUCUACUAAGAGGUUUCUAAGGAUUAUCAAAGCCUUAGAGCUCAAGGAUGAUUGAAUAGAGAGAGAGUGCCUCUUUCCAGCUCUCACCAUCCAGAUAACAGUGAAGGCCAGAAUGAAGCUCAGCAGUGUGGAGAGCUGACUCCAGGCCCUGUGGGAGUGCAGAGGAGGGGAGAUCAGAUGCGCUGCUCUGUUUCAUUGUGGUUGCACCACUCAUUUCUGACUGUUGGUUUUCAGUGGCUCUGACCAACCUACCGUGGCAUUCCAAGAUUACCUGUGGUUACAGGGGGCAAAGUACCAAGAAGGGUAAUCUGGAUAGAAAAGCCUUGUGGGGGAGGCAUUGGUUUAGGGGGGUCUUACAGCUUGGAAUCAGUAUCAGUGAGUGGAAGUUAGGAGAGAGAAAUUUUAGCUCAAUAUGAAGAACUUCCUAUUAGACAAAACUAUCUGAAGAUGAAAUAGGUGGCUUUGUAAACAGAUGAACUUCCUGCUGUUUAGGACAUUCAAGCAGAGGCUUGGUGAUCCCUUGACCGGUAUGUUGCAGAGGUAUUUCCAGUACUUUUCUUAAAAGGAUGACUGAACUAGAUGAUUUUGAAGAUUCCUCCCAACUGUAAGGUUCUGUGCUUAUAAAACUCAGUGAAGGUGAUAUGUCAAAUCUAUCCAAUUAAAAAAAAGGAAAAAAAAAAGAUUCAUUGAGGAUCCUGUGAAGUACUGAACUCACUCAAGAUUCCCAAGUUGCUUCCAGUUCUUCAUUUCUGCACCGAUCCCUGCCAAUCCUUGGAAAAAUGAGUACCAGCAACUCUUCUAUCUUUGAUCUUGGACCUGGACAAUUUUCUUAAUAGAGUAAGGAAUCCAAAGUCUUUUGUGACUCUAUCCACCUCAAGGGACCAAUGAAAUCCAUCUAAUCUUGCCACCAGGUGCAUUAUGACACUCUCUAAAUAUAUUAAAUGAAGCCUAUUAUGAAACCAAUAAACCUCCCUUCUAUAAAACACAA